AUGUUAAUAAAUUCUGCAGAUAUUGAAGCCUUAGGACCUCGGUACACACAAUUAAAAAACAUUGGUCGUGGAGCUUAUGGCACUGUGUGGCUAGCAGUCGAUAACCAAACUGGACAGAAUGUGGCUAUCAAAAAGAUUUCCCACGAAAACAUUGUGGACAUCAAAGACUUAAAGUAUCGAUCCGGUAAAAUCAGCCCUAUUGAGCACACAACUCUAUCCAAUGAUCAAGUAGCAUAUUUAACUUACCAACUACUACGAGCAUUAAAGUAUAUUCAUUCGGCUAAUGUUUUGCAUAGGGAUAUUAAACCGGCAAAUAUUUUAGUAAACGAAAACGCCGACCUAAAAUUGUGUGACUUUGGUUUAGCACGGGUGUCCGACCCCGACUUCGACCAUAGUGGCGCUCAUACUGUGUACGUUUGCACCCGAUGGUACAGAGCGCCGGAAGUUAUGCUGACCGACAGUUGCUAUAAUAAUUCAAUAGAUGUCUGGUCAGUGGGUUGUGUGUUGGCCGAAAUGUUGUCCAGAAAACCACUAUUUCCUGGUCAAAAUCACUACCAACAGGUUAAUUGCAUAGUAGAUGUUCUGGGAGGCAAUUUAGACGUCAGCUGGAUCACUAACAACUAUAUUCGCGCUGCAAUAACUUCGCGACCAGUACCCGAACAAAUUAAUUGGGCACAACGGUUUGGGAAAGCUAACCCUCAAGCCCUGGACUUAUUGGGCCGUUUGUUAACAUUUAAUCCCAAUCAACGCAUUACUGUUGACGAGGCGUUAAAGCACACGUAUCUCGCAAAGUACUACAACCCUAAUGACCUACCGGUGGCCACAAAUCCACUGACUGUUAUUGAAGAGGUUGUUGAAGAUGAUGUAGAAAUUAAGCAGUUAUAUCAGAUGAUUAUCGAUCAAAUUAAUGAUUUUAGUGCAAUAUCUUAA